UUUUUGACGCGAAAUUGUUUGAUAAUAUUUUCAAUUAAACAAAGUCGCAAUAGACUUUUGAAUUAAAAAAAAGUAGAAGUGUGGGCGCGCUUAUCUCAAUUUCACAAUCCCAAGCAUAUAGUGAGAAGAGAGCGAUAAUGACUGUUUAUAAAAGCUUCGCUAAAAAGCUCUACCCAUAGCUAUGUACAAAUAUACAAGUAUACACAUAUAUAGGGUUUGGGAUGAGCACCUGCAAUAUUUGAAAUCAGUUGGAAGCUCACUCGUGCAUCGGUGGUAUUGUGAGCGAACGUUGAACGGUAGUUUGGAAGAGCGUUUGCUAAAACAUAUAUAGUAAUAUAUAUAUAGUAAUAUAUAUAGUAACAAACACGACGUUGAGUGCGUAAGUAACUAUUUAAAAAUGUCCACAAAGCAAACCGAAGCGACAUUAAUAUCGCCCUACCUCAAUGCGGACUUUAUUAAACAUGCACUGGAACGUCAUUUUAAUGGCGCGCUAGAUGGCAGCAAUCAGCAUAAAAUCGAAAUGUUGGAAUGCCAAUUUGAACGUGCCACAGCAGAGGGUGAAAACUUUUGUAGCGUCAUCUAUCGUGCAAAAGUACAAUUUCGUUUGCAAAGCGCAGGUGCGGAAAAUUCAAAUGAAAAGCGCGAAAUAACGGUUAUUGUGAAAGAUGUAUUGGGAGAAAUCGCCGAACUCGGUUCGAAUGAGUUGGCUAUGUAUAAACAUGUGCUGCCGGAAAUGCAGAAGAUACUUGACCAAGCCGCCGAGAAGCAUAAGAUUGGUGAUGCGGUUGCGACGCAGAAAUUUUAUGCCAAUUGCUACUUUUGUGAGCGUAAUCCACGUGAGAUUUAUGUUUUAGAAGAUCUGAAUGACGCCGAAUAUCGCAGUAUGAACCGUUACGUUGGUCUGGAUUUAGAGGAGACGAAAGUCGUUCUGAAAAAGCUUGCAAUAUUCCAUGCCGCCUCAAUGAAGUAUAUAGAAAAGUUCCCCACAGAAUCGGCUGCGCUAAUGCCUUCAACAUUUACAGUAACGGCUAACGGUAAGAACGAGGAUGUCAUCUCCAAUGCUAUUUUUGUCGGUGGCAUAACAGCGGCGACGAAAAUUGUGGCAGAAUGGAAAGAUUUUGAAGAGAUCGCAAUGAAAAUGCGCACAUUUGUCGAAAAAUUCGACGCAUGCGCCAAGCGUGUAAUGCGACCGGAACGUUGCCGCUUUAACGUGAUUACGCAUGGCGAUCUCUGGGCAAAUAAUAUACUAAUGAAAUAUGCGUCAGUAGAUGGGAAGCAAGUGCCACACGAUGCAGUAUUUGUCGAUUUUCAAAUGGAUUUUGUUGGCAGCUGUGGUUACGAUCUCAAUUUCUUUCUAAACACAAGCGUUCAAUUGGAUGUCUUGAAGUUACAUCGCUAUGAGUUACUGCGCCAUUAUUACACACAUCUAAAGGAUACACUGAAAAUCUUGGGUACCGAAGAAUCGGACAUACCCAGUGUGCAAGUGGUUAUGGAGGAAGUGCGUGAUUUGGAAUUGGUUAGUUACUAUGCGUUGGCAUGUGAAUUGCCGAUAUGCUGCAUGGAUCGUGAGGGUUCAGUAGGUCUGACUUUGCAUAGCUUGAUUGAUCCGGCAAUCAAAGAAGAAACACAUAAGAAGAUGUUUGCCAACAAGCGUGUAUUAGAUAUGUUGCGUUACGGAUUGGAUCGCUUGAAUGAACUGGGUGUUUUAGAUUUAUUAUGAAUAGUUUCUAAAUAAAAAAUUCUUAUGAAUUUUUACAGAAUUUUCAUGCAGUGUAUGGUAUGUUAAGAAAUUCGUUUUGCCCUCUGCCAUUAUAUGAACCGGACGAAAUAGCAGUCAUGUUUGGACUGAUGAUGAAAGUCUUCAGUUUCGUUAUUAAAAUAAAAUGACAACCAAGUCGAAAGAUUUUAUCAAUUCGAACUCCAA